AAUACUGCAUCUACUUCCCAUGAGCGGAAAAACGAACAGGGCUUAAUUCGAGAAAUGAUUUCAUCUGAGGAAGAAAAGCAUGUGACUGAAAUUUCAGCGAACUAUUUUGAUGAAAAGUUCGCCAAAAAUCAUGUGACCAAUAAUUUAUUUCAGACAAGUAAUAAGAAAGAUCAUGUUAUUUUAUUUUCCGCAUCAAAAAACAAAAUAUUACUAAAUUUGACCAGUUUGUACCAGAAAGCUUGUGAUGCUGAAAAGCAGGCGAUUAAAGUUAAUCAAGAUGAAAUUACAUGCUGGUAUUAUUAUAUUAUAGAAUUUGACAACCAGGUUAGAGAUCUUAUGAAAUCUGACAAUAUUGGAGAGAAGAAAGCAAAAGGGCAGAUUUAUGAUUUUAUUAUUGCACAACUAAAUGCCAAGCGUAAAACUUUACAAAAGCAAACUCAGAAAGCCAGAAAGGUUUAUAAUUUAUUCGAGAAAAUAGGAAUGGAUAAGAUUCAAUACAUCAAAACAUAUAGUGCGGAUACUAUUUCAAAAUUUACUAAUUCUCAGAUUCAAACGAUUAUAGAUCACUUCACCAAAGAGCCUGAUAUAGAAUUCACCGAUGAACAGAAUAAUUCUUCAGAUGAUUUAUCCGAAACUGAGGUAAGUAUACCUACUGAAUCGAUUCUUUUAGAUUCACCCCAAGAAAACGAUAAAGAUUCAGAAUUACUAGAAGUUGAGGUAAGUGCGUCAUCUUCAGAUAUCAAGAAAACUUUACCGGAAUUUGAGGUAAGUAAUACAUCUACUCUUUCUAAUUUAGAUACGGUUCCAGAGGAAGAGACAGAGUCUCGAGUUUCCAACUCAUCAACCGAGAUACAGGCAAGUGUGUUUUAUGAGGACGUUAAUGAUAAUGAGGAUAAUUAUAAGAAUUUCUCUGAUGAUGGGAGCUUCUGUGGUUUUUCUGAUGACGAUGAUGAAGGAUAUUAUUAUGAUUUAAAUACCG